UUCACCACAUGGAGUGAUGGAAGAAAUGUUGUUGUAAAUUGUGAACACCAAACAAGUAAAUUUAUUGAAAUCCCAGAAUAAUGUCAUCCAACAAGUUCAGGCAGAAGAAUCCAAAGAAUAAGAAGACAAAGUUUCACCUGAUUUUCGACGACGAAAAUCGAAGAGAAUUUUUAACAGGAUUUCAAAAGCGGAAGAAGGAACGGAAAAGAGUCGCUCUUGAGCAACAGGAGCUGAAAUAUAAAGAAGAGAAACAGAGAGUCAGACAGGAAAAUAGAAAAGCCAAGCUAGCAUCAUGGAAAGACCUAAAUUUCCCUGAUGAGAAGGUUGUGGAGGAGGACAAGGAGCCCAUAGUCUACGACCAUCCUGAACACACAGUCACUGUUGAAUCAGUCGGUGGUGUGACAGUCGAACAGAUGGAUCUUCAUGCUGCACAUGGAGGCAUUGGAGAAAACCAGGUUGAGUAUGAUGACGAUGAUGACGAUGAUGAUGAUGGUGUACAAUCAAGACUAAAGGGAUUGGCACGAUAUGACGACGACAGUAGUGAUGAAGAAGAAGAUGCAGUACAAGAUGCUCCAGGUGGAGACAAGAACAGUCACCCUAAGAAGAAAAGUGUCAAUCUACAAAAGUUGAAGAGUAAACUCGUCAAAGGGAAAUCAGGUCGAAAAGGGAGCUUUGUAAAACAAAAUGGCGUCAGCAAGAAAGUGGUCAAGGGGCCUCGGGGGCAUCUUGGGGGGCGUGGUGGGAAAGGGGGUAAGAAAGGAGGUGGGAGAGGGAGUGGGAGAGGGCGAAAAAGAAAUUUUUAGCAUUUUAUUUCUUGUAGAAAUAUAGCUUUUGGAGUCCAGUGGCAGAAAGCAGCUAGUAGCAAAAUAUCCACAUGACCACAAACAUCCACAAGAAUUUACCUUUCCCAAUGUUUCCCACGUUAAGAUAGUAUCUUCAUUUCAGAAACCAAAUGUAAUCUUAGUUACGGUACCCGCUGGCUAAGAUUUAGGAUUCAAACUCCCUCUAGCUAUCUGGGCAAUCUCAAUGGUCUAGUGGUAAGACUUCUGCUGAGUAAAAUGGUAAAGGUUGUGGGUUUGAAUUUGCACUACAAUGUUAAAGGAUGGGGGUUCGAAUCCCAUCAGCCAUGUUAAGACAUAUGAUGAUGACUACACAGCACAGAAAUCAAUGGUUUUUAAAUACAAAUAUAUCACACCCUUACACAGUUGUCAAAGUUGCCGUUAACUGAAAAAAGUAAGAAUUAUCAGUUUUUAUCCUGAGAAAAAAUAUUCUUCGAUAUAAUGAGUGUUUUGGGGUAAAAUUACACACAUGUAUUCCAGCUUUAGAGCUGGAAGUAGCAAAAACCUUGCAUGUAUACAAAGUGGAAAUAAAACAGACACACAAUAUGAAU